UUUCAUCAGGAAGCGGAACCAUAAAAGUUGUUUCCCCCUCGCCUUUGUUGUGUUAAACCCUCCGUUUUGUCGUCUGUGCUCGUCUUUUAAGGAAACCCACCACCACCAUAACAAAUACUUCAUUAUGAAUCUGGAAAGGAUUCCCAAUGAAGAAAAGCUGAGCCUCUGCAGGAGAUAUUAUUUAGGUGGAUUCGCAUUCCUCCCGUUUCUUUGGCUUGUAAAUGUUUUGUGGUUUUUUAAAGAGGCCUUCUUAAAACCGGCGUACACAGAACAACUGCAGAUAAAGUCAUAUGUGAAAAAGUCUGCUCUGGGUCUGUUAUUGUGGGUGGCCGUUUUGACGACGUGGAUCACCGUAUUCCAGCAUUUCAGAGCGCAGUGGGGUGAAGUGGGAGAAUAUCUGUCCUUCACCAUUCCUCUCGGCACAGCCUGAAGAGACCCGCUGCUUCACCUUUAAUCUGCUUUUAUUCUCUCUGUUCUUCUGCUAAUUUUACCGCUGUCAUCGCAUAGAAGAUAAACGGGAUCGGUCUGGGAGUGGUGGUAUUUUGUGAACUGAUGAAAUGGUUUGAUUGAGUGAGAGAAUAUGGACACGGAUGCAUCAUGCUUAAGAAUUCAUUUCAGGCACUACUACUUAUUUUUCCUUGCCUUUUUUAGUUUUAGUGGAGAUGUUAAUUAUGUUGUAUUUGAGAAAACACAUUCUCACACAUUCAUAUUGUCAACUCUAACCUCUGUCAAUGCAUUGAGAAGAAUGUAUGACAAAGAUCUCUGGACCAGGCGGCGGUCUGUACAAAAUAAAGUAUUUUGGCAGUUAAUGACGUUAAUUUGACUGUUCUGCAGUUUGUUAUUCAAAAUGAUUAUUUGAAUCAUUUUGAUGGACAGGAAAAAUACUUAUUUUGUUCACAAGUAUAAGAUUGUGUUUUUGCACAAUUUCAAAUAAAAUCUGGAAAUGUG